GUCCGUUGUAACCGUCCCUGAAGGAGGAUGGCGCGUCCGCCGAUCCGAGUCCCCAGAGGAAGCGCGUGCUUGUGGAUGAGCUCACGGGAGCCCUCCUCCUCGCGUGCCGAGGAAGGUUGCGUGCGAAAGACGCAAGGGGGGUGGGGGUCAAUGAGAUUCAAUCCGCCACCUGCAAUAGGAGUACGCUUAAAAGGCAGCCCUGCCCUGUCACUGCAUUUAAGCAUCUCAAUCAAGCCCGUUUUACAGCUGCAUCUCUUCCCAGAGCAUUGUGCAGCUACAUUUGCAUUGAUCCUGAAGCUUUUGUGACUUUAACAACAUUUUGGACCAGAUAGCUGAACUACACUUUGUUUACAUUUGAAUUACUGGACAUUUCAAACGAUUUAGAUGAUGAUUCCACCGGGAGAGUGUCUGUACGCUGGUCGAAAGAGAAGGAAACCCGUCCAAAAACAAAAGCAGUCCGUGGCGAGCGUGAAAACCAACCCGUCGAAGAGGCACCGGGACCGGCUCAACGCGGAGCUGGACCGGCUGGCCAGCAUGCUGCCCUUCAGCCCCGACGUCAUCUCCAAGCUGGACAAGCUGUCGGUGCUACGCCUGGCCGUGUCCUACCUCAAGGUCAAAAGCUUCUUCCAAGUCAUCCAGGAGAAGCCGAGCCAGGGGCUCAGGUCGGAGUGUCCCCCAGGUCACACACCGCCAGCCGGGCCACCCCCGCACCCCCACGGCCGCGGCCUCCCCGGCCCUCCCCUGGCCCCCGGCCCCCUGCUGGCCCCCCGCCCCGUGGAGAGCGACAUGCUGCUGGAGUGUCUGACCGGCUUCGCCCUGGUGAUCACCAGUGACGGGCUCAUCUUCUACGCCUCCGCCAGCAUCGUGGACUACCUGGGCUUCCACCAGACGGACGUGAUGCACCAGAAAGUGUUUGACUACAUCCACGUGGAGGAGCGCCAGGAGCUCCGCCGGCAGCUCCACUGGGCCAUGAGCCCGCCCGCCUCCCAGAGCUCCUCCCUCCAGCCGGCCGGGGACCCCGGAGCAACAGAUGGGUGCAAUGCACUGGACAUGCCUACUCUGACUGACACAGGGGAGGAGUUCUUGGUGGGCAGUCUGUUCAGCGUCAAGGAGCCCGACGGCGUUCCGUCAGAACUGACGUCCUUCCUGACUCGCUGCUUCAUCGCCCGCGUCCGCUGUCUGCUGGACAGCACCUCCGGCUUCCUGAGCAUGCAGUUCCAGGGCAGCCUGCGCUUCCUGCAGGGCCAGAAGAGGAGGACGGAGUCCGGGGCUCUGCUGCCGCCCCAGCUGGCUCUGUUCUGCGUGGCCGUGCCCCUGGCCGCGCCCUCGGGCACGGAGCUCCGGCUGAAGGGCGUGGCCGGCCGCAGCAAGUCCAAGGGGCCCGCGGGCGACAGCCCGGACAGCAGUGACAGGAAGCCGCCCUCCUCGCGGGGAUCAGGUGACAGCAGUGACUUCCUGCUCCCCAACUGGAGCGCCGGCCCCCCGGGGCCCCGGGCCGAGCCGUGCCCCCGCCACGGCGCCUGGUCGCCGCUCCCCAGAGCCCCCGGCCUGCGGUGCCGCGGCGGGGGGCUCUACCCCCAGGAGGAGCCCCUCGACUUCUGCCUGUCCUCCCCGGGGGGCGGGCCCAAAGCCCCGCCCCCGCCGCCCGGGGACCCCCUCCCCUACUGGGACCCCGCCCGGAGCCAGCAGGGUAGGUUCCCCGCCCCCCCCCAGGGCAGGCAGGGCUGCGGGGUCCGGGGGGGCUCCAACGGGGGGUGCACACAGCGGGGGGUCCCCGACCCCGCGGAGAGGUACGGCGGGGGGGGUGGAGGGCUUCGGCGGCCUGCUGCUGCCCGAGCCCCCCGCCGUCAAGACGGAGGAGGAGGACCCGGACCCGGGGGGCCGCGGCGGCCGGCGGCCGUACGGCGACGCGUGGGAGAAGCAGCCCUACGCCGUCCCGGCCGCCGUGUACCCCGAGCACCACCCCCACCACCACCACCCCCCCGCCCACCAGGUCAAGACCGAGGAGGACUUCUACCACCCCUACAGCCCCUGCCAGAGGGCCAAGGGCUGCAGCGGGGCCCCCGCCCUCAGCCCCCCCGCCAGCGGACCCCUCAACGGGCAUCACAAGUACCUGUACGCCGCCGCCGUGACCCGGCUCUCCUCCAGGUCCCUGUACGCCGGCCCCUUCUCCGGCCCGGGGCCGACUACGGGGGCCGGGCGAUCGAGGCGGACAAGCUGGAGUACCUGGAGCUCAGGGGGGGGGCGCUGGCGGCCAUCAAGAGGGAGCCGCUGGACUCGCCCCCCUGGUCGGACGGCCACAGGGGGGACGGGGGCCAGCCGGCCUUCUGUGGCCUCAACGCUCUGGGGAGGACACCCCACCAGUACAUCUACAUGCAGUAG